AUGAGAAAGUCCCUCUUUUACGCCCUCAACGGGGCCCUCGGGGUUGUAGCCCACGAGUCGCUUGCCCAUUUCAAGAUCGAAUCCGGCACAGAAGAGCAUCGCUCUCUUGAAGGAUGCUCCAAGGAUGGCAAGCACAAGUGGGUUCCAGACCCUGCGACAUUUGUCUUCCCUGAGAACGACUACAAGCCCGGCAACUCGUGGGAUCUCUGUGUCGGCACAUCUCAUUGCGCCCCCCACGAGGCCUUGACUCAGGUUUCCUUCGAUUUCAAGGACAACGGCAUUGUCUUCAACUUCAAGCACAUCGACCACUACAAGUACGAAGAUGUAGCCGUCUACAUCGAGCGUGGUCAGCCUCCCACAGAGGACUCUUUCAAGUACAACAAGAAGAGCGACCACUGCAAGGCCAAGAACGACUACAAGGAGGCCAAGUGCUUGGUUCCCUUCUUCUCCCUCUCGGAUGGCGGCUCUUACGGCGACCUCUGUCCCCUCGAGGAUAAUGGAGGCUGGAGACUUUACAUCAAGGUCAAGGCCACCAUUUCCCACGGGCACAAGAAGUACGAGCUCUACAGCCGCUCUCCCGAUAUCAACGAGAAGUUCUUCGUUGUCAGCUACACCUGCGCUGAGUGCAAGGAGUACAAGCACAAGAAGAUCGAGUUGAUCGAGGAGAAGGAAGAAGAGGAAGCGGCCGAAGCCGAAGAAUCUGAAGAAGAAAAGAAGUAUAAGAAGAAGAAGGAAGAGGCUGAGGCUGAGGCCGAGGAAGAGAAGAAGAAGUACAAGAAGAAGAAGGAACAAGAGGAAGCCGAGGCCGAGGCUGAGGAAGAGGAGAAGAAGAAGAAGAAAUACAAGAAUGAGGAGGAAGAGGAAGAAGCUGCCGAAGCGGAAGAGGAAGAAGAGAAGUACUGCCCCCGCUUCACCCUAUCAUUUCACCAGUACUAA